CACUCACCGUCGUGUUGUUCCGUAUCAGAACACCCCAACAGCUUGACAAACCUCGCAGCCCUACUACAGGGCCACAUUCCACGUUCUUCUCUUCUCCAAAUCCAUGCACGCAUUUUCCAACUUGGUGCACACCAAGACAACCUCAUAGCCACGCGCCUCAUUGGCCACUACCCAUCUCGCAUUGCUCUUCGGGUCUUUCACCUCGUCCAAAACCCAAACAUAUUCCCUUUCAACGCCAUCAUCAGAGUCCUCGCUCAAGAGGGUCACUUUUUUCAUGUCGUUUCCAUGUUCAACGAUUUGAAACGACGUCUACUUUUGCCCAAUGACUUAACCUUCUCUUUCCUCUUUAAGGCUUGCUUUCGCUCCAAACAGGCCCGUUACGUUGAACAGAUUCAUGCCUACAUUCAGAAGAUGGGUUUUCUCUCUGACUCUCUUGUUUGUAAUGGGUUGGUUGCUGUGUAUGCUAAAGGCUUUAAUAAUUUGGUUUAUGCCCGUAGAGUGUUUGAUGAAAUUCCUGAAAAAAGUGUAGUUAGCUGUUGGACUUCUUUGAUCACUGGUUUUGCUCAGUCUGGUCAGAGUGAGGAGGUUUUGCAGCUUUUCCAUGUGAUGAUUGGGCAGAAAUUGUUUCCUCAAAGUGAUACUAUGGUCAGUGUUUUAUCAGCUUGUUCUAGCCUUAAGAUGUCAAAAAUUGAGAAAUGGGUUAACGUUCUUUCAGAAUUGGUUGGUGAUAGCACGAGUCCUGAAGAAACUUGCCAAGAUUCAGUUAACACGGUCCUGAUUUACUUGUUUGGUAAAUGGGGGAAGAUUGAGAAGAGUAGAGAAAGGUUUGACCAAAUUUCUGCAACAGGAAGAAGAGGUGUGGUUCCAUGGAAUGCUAUGAUAAGUGCAUACAUUCAAAAUGGCAGCCCUGUGGAGGGUUUAAGUCUUUUCCACAAGAUGGUAGAAGAACAAACCACUAGACCUAACCACAUUACAAUGGUUAGUGUGCUUUCAGCUUGUGCUCAAAUUGGUGAUUUGAGUCUUGGUUCUUGGGUACACCAGUACCUAAUAUCUGUUGGAUAUAAAGGUACAAUUGGGUCUAACCAAAUUCUUGCUACAUCUUUAAUUGACAUGUAUUCUAAAUGUGGCAGUUUGGAUAGGGCAAAGGAAGUUUUUGAGCAUACAGUCUCCAAAGAUGUUGUCUUAUUCAAUGCAAUGAUAAUGGGUCUUGCAGUAAAUGGUGAAGGAGAGGAUGCAUUGAGACUCUUCUACAAAAUGCCAGAAUUUGGCUUACAACCCAAUGAUGGAACAUAUCUUGGUGCUUUAAGUGCAUGUAGUCACUCUGGGUUGUUGGCAAGAGGACGCCAGAUAUUUAGGGACCUGACCUUUUCCUCUUCUCUUACAUUGGAACAUUAUGCUUGUUAUGUUGAUCUUCUUGCAAGAGUAGGAUUCAUAGAAGAAGCAAUUGAGGUUGUGACUUCCAUGCCCUUCAAGCCUAACAAUUUUGUCUGGGGUGCUUUGCUUGGAGGCUGCCUUCUCCAUUCUAGAGUUGAGUUGGCCCAAGAGGUUUCCAGGAGGCUUGUUGAAGUAGACCCAAAUAAUUCUGCAGGCUAUGUGAUGUUGGCUAAUACACUUGCCUCUGACAAUCAAUGGAGUGAUGUCUCAGAGCUGCGGCUGGAAAUGAGAGAGAAGGGGAUCAUGAAGCAGCCAGGAAGUAGUUGGAUUAUUGUGGAUGGAGUUGUACAUGAAUUUCUUGUUGGCUAUUUGUCACAUCCUAAAAUUGAGGUCAUAUAUCAUACAUUGGCUGGAUUGGUGAAGCAUAUGAAAGUAGCAAGCCAAUAUCAGUUUGUGUGCUGUUAUUAGAUAUGCUCUGAUUACAGGAAGAGGAAAUCAAACCUGUUAUUUUUUG